AUGUUAUGCCUCCUGUGGUUUUCAGGUGUAGCCAACGCGCUGGCGUAUCCACACCAAGAAGUUCUAGAAGCAGCUCCAUUCUCCGAUGCGAUUGGUGACGCCACAAAUGAGGGUAUCGUUAGUGAAACCGGAUCAGCACCGGAAGGGUCGUUUCAUGAACCGAUCCUCGAUACCUUGCAGGACCUGGUCGAUGCCCUGCAGGUGAUGCAGGACAAAUACUUUGUGCUCUGGCAGGGCACGUGGCCAACCAGCAUCGAUUGGACCGCAGCGGUAUUGGGGACACACGUCUCUGCAGUGCUAUCGACUCUAACAUCGGGCCCCCUUGAUAUCCCCGACGGGGAUGAACUGCUCGGCUUGUCCUUCUUCGCGCUCGAGAACACAGUCAAUCGCUUUUUCAGCCAUACUUCGGCCUUUUACUUUGGCGAAAACGCUUUCAGUCUCAGAAACCAGGCCUACGAUGACAUGCUUUGGGUUGUGCUGGGAUGGUUGGAAAAUAUCAAGUUGCAGAAUCUUCAUUCGGAUCUUCACUAUAUCCCCUCAAAGAACGGUUCUGGGAAACCAUGGCACGGCACCCAAUUUCAAAACUCUGCUGCACACAGGGCUCGCAUCUUCUACGAGCUUGCUUCCGCUGGUUGGGACAAGACCCUCUGUGAUGGUGGCAUGAUUUGGAACCCAUACUUGCUGCCCUACAAGAAUGCGAUUACGAAUGAGCUCUAUAUCUCUGCGAGCAUUGAGAUGUAUCUGUACUUCCCUGGCGACUCAAUUGAUUCUCCGUUCCUUGUCAACUUGCAAGGCACACAGGCCGCUCGGAAGAACCCACACGACCCUCUUCACCUGAAAGCUGCGGUUGACGGGUACAACUGGCUUAAAGACUCGAACAUGACCGGGCUUGGAGGACUCUAUGCAGAUGGGUUCCACAUCAGCGGCUGGGAAAGCACAUCGAAUCCCGGGUCGAGGCAAUGUGAUCAGCUCAACACUAUGGUUUACACUUACAACCAGGGAGUCAUUCUCAGCGGGCUGAGGGGACUCUGGCUAGCCACUAAUUCACAAGACUAUCUGCACAACGGUCAUGAGCUUGUUCGCAGAGUACUACAGGCGACCGGAUGGCCACAUACCUCCAGCCGACAAUGGCAGGGACUUGGUCGCGGAGGCGUGCUCGAAGACACCUGUGAUUCCCGCGGCCUCUGCUCCCAGGAUGGACAGACGUUCAAGGGAAUCUUCUUCCACCAUCUGUCGGCAUUCUGUCGGCCUCUUCAACCACAGGAAAAGCGGUUCCUGGCGGAAACGACCCACGGACGUUCAGCUGACGAUGACUGGACUGAGGCGUAUGAAGAACAUAUGCAGCGUUGCCGCAGCUAUGGCGCUUGGAUCGAGCAUAACGCGCAGGCCGCCCUCAUGACUCGGGAUACAGAUGGCAAGUUUGGGGGCUGGUGGGGUCGUCCAUAUCAUCAGCUGGAGGCCGCCGGACUUGUGGAUAGCAGUACUAUUCCAGAUGGUGCUGUCGACUGGCGCAAUUCCCACAAUGACUCUUCUGCGACUGCGGGCUCUACGUGGAAGGACUACAACGAUCGUGGCCGGGGCCGCACUGUGGAAACCCAGUCUGGGGGAAUCGCUGUGCUGAGAGCCCUGUACCAAUGGCAAUCAUACGACGCCCUAUGA